AUGUCGUCAAAGGAGAUCCAUAUCGUGGCCAUCGUGACCCCUAAACCAGGGAAGCAAGACGAGGUCGCCAAACUCCUGGCAGAGACAGCGGAGAAGGUCAAAGCCAAUGAACCCGGUGCCCUCAUCUACUACGGGUUAAAGUCGAAGAAGUCGAACGAGAUCAUCGUGAUUGAAAAAUAUGCCGACAUGGAGGCAGUGAAAGCUCAUGGCGGUUCAGGGCACUUUCAGGCCUGGUCCAAGGCAGUUGCACCGCUCCUCGAGGGGCCGUCGGUGGUGAAGUUUGCCAGCCAGAUCGGGGGGUUCGAGUCGAAGCUGUGA